AUGGAGCACCGACCGCGACCGGAGCUGACGUUUGCGCAGGCGAGGUACGUGAACGCGUCCCACCCAGCGACGGCCACGUUCCCGGCCGCCUGCAACAUCUUCGCGAGCGUGUCGAGCGGCGGCUCGAUGGCGUUGAACCUCCUGCGCGUGGCAGUGCCGGCGUUGGCGUUGGUGAUGCUCAUUCUGUGGAUGGCGCGGUUCGUCGUGAUGCACCUCGAGGCACGGCGGAUGCGGCAGCAAGCAACCCACUGGAGAACGCUGCCGAGUUACGCCGAGGUGCAAGCCAUGGCAGCCGCCCUGCGGCCAACACGUCCAGUUUCGUCGCAAGAGGCAGCAGCGGCUGAAGCUGGAGAUGAGAUGCACUGCAUCAUCUGCUUCUCCUCCACCGUUGACCACCCUGUGGAGCUGCUGCCGUGUGGCCAUCAGAAGUUCUGCGCCCGCUGUCUCGUGCAGAUAUGGCAGUGCACCGGGAUUUACCGGCGGCUUCGGUGCCCGCUGUGCCGAGAACCUGCAGAACUCGUGUGCCCCGUGCCCGUCGCCAACUCGAAGCCCUCUGUCGAUGAUUUGCUGCUCUUGCAGAAGUACAACGGCGGCUUCUGCGGCGCGAAGACGGUGUCACUGCUAGACUGCUGUGUGCUUCGACUGCGCGUCAUUACACACGCGCGUCUGCUGCCUAUCGUUAUCGGGCUCCGCAUCGCGGUUCUCCACGUCACCAUGUUUGCCUACAUGCUCAUGCCGACAAGCCUGACGGAGAUAGUCGAUGGCGCCGCACAGCAGCAGCAGCCGCAGCCGCAGCAAGCCGUGAAGCCCAGCGUGCCCUCGUCGGCCCUCGCCGCCGCGUACGCCAGUGUCGUGCACGUGUUCACCGUUGUCGUGUACGCCGCCGCGAGGUACGCGGACGAUUUCUUUCUCGUCGCCGUCAGCAUCAUUCUUACAGGCCACCUCCUGCAGAGCGCGCUGUUCAAGGAUCUCAAGCUCUAG